AUGGCCGCGGUUCUAGAUGCAAGAUCGUUUGGAGGCUUCACCACGCGCUCUGAUCAUCACCCUGUUAUUGCAGUUCUUGGCAUCGCACUUUCUAAAGUCCAUCCGACCGUCAAACAACAAGACCCAUGUUUCAAUCGCUAUAACCGUCCAACCGCUGAAUCGUCGAAACUGUUCUGCGACCGUCUCAAGGAGAAGUUACCUUCUCUGCUUCCACUCUCCGCAAACAUCGACAAUGACUCCGUGGAUAAGGCGUGGCGUGGAUUCGUCUGGGCUACGCAUGAUGCAGCGCAGGAUGCAUUCGGGAAAGUGCCCACUGGUUCUGCUCCGAAAGCAAGCACGAACCCUCGCGUUGCAUCCUUAUCCACUGAACAGAAGAAUCUGCACUGCCGCAUAAACGCUGAACCUGAUCCAGAGCAUCGUAAAGCUUUAAAGAUUGAAAGAUCUGCAAAACUCCACGAGAUUCGAAGGAUACUACAGAAGGAGGGCGAGCAAUAUUGGCAACGUAAGGCUGUUGAAGUAGAUGCUUUACGUCCUGACCCACGGUCCUACUUCAACGCCAUCAGCAACUUACGCCAACUACGCUCUGGGAAGAAGGCUGCGCCUGUGCGUCUUGCUGACGCAGACGGCAGAAUCAUGGCAGACAUCUCAUGGAAUCUUAAUGCCUUUAAUGAAUAUUAUGAAUCGGUAUUUUACACUGAUGGCCAGCCACUCGACCUCAGGCAGCAAUCAAAUGAGGAAGAUCCAUUCACAAUCGAAGAAGUACGGUCUGCAAUUAUCAAGCAGAAGUCUGGUGGUGCUGUCGGUCAUGAUGGUAUCAGUGCUGAUGCUUUGAAGUCAGCUAAAAACCUUCUCGCACCCUGGCUGACGAAUUUCUUCAACGCUGUUCAAGCUACAGAGUACUGUCCUGACGACAUGCGCUGCGGCCUCAUCGUUCCCAUCUACAAAGCCGGUUGCUCUGGAGAGGUUAGCCACUGCUGGCGCACCAACGUCCACCACUGCAGUCCUAGUAUCAAACACAACAGCCCGCACGAAGCUUGGUAA